UAACAAACAACACUGCUCAGUCGGCCUUUCCGUAGGUUGUCGCUCUUACCAACACAGACCUGAGCCCCUCACCGGGACGCAGCGCUGCGGCUGAUCAUCCGUGGCGCAGAUGAGGAAACCCAAAGGUUCUCGGCUCGCAUGAAGGACGUUUUCAAAUUUUCUCGCGGUGCGUAAACCAGGAAGUUCGACGCUUUGUGUUUGCCAAUAAUGAUUUGAGCCUCGAAUUCCGAGCUCCGACUUGGUCCGUGACGCAGAGACAAGCACUAAGGUCCGACUGGAGGUCCCUAAAGCUCCCUGUGGGCAGCACGCUGCCUGAACCAGACUGGCCCUCGCCUGUCUCCCAGCGUGUUGCUUCUUAGUUUGUUUAUAGCGGCAUUAUUUGCAAGGACAGUGCAGCCAUGGUAGAUGCAGCGGAGUGCGGGGUGAGAGUGAUGUGCCGCUUCAGGCCUCUGAACGAGUCCGAAAUCAACAGAGGAGACAAAUACAUCCCCAAAUUCAAAGAGGACGACACCGUGGUCAUACAGGGCAAACCCUUCAUCUUCGACCGUGUGCUGCCUCCCAACACCUCACAGGAACAAGUGUACGACCAAUGUGCCAAACAGAUCGUUAAUGAUGUGCUGGGCGGUUACAACGGGACCAUCUUCGCCUAUGGACAGACAUCCUCUGGGAAGACACACACCAUGGAGGGCAAGCUGCACGACCCCCAGCUGAUGGGAAUCAUCCCUCGCAUCGCACACGACAUCUUUGACCACAUCUACUCCAUGGAUGAGAAUCUAGAGUUUCACAUCAAGGUCUCUUAUUUUGAAAUAUACUUGGACAAGAUCAGAGACCUGCUGGAUGUGUCAAAGACAAACCUCGCUGUGCACGAAGACAAGAACAGAGUGCCCUACGUCAAGGGUUGUACCGAGCGUUUUGUGUCCAGCCCAGAGGAGGUGAUGGACGUCAUUGAUGAAGGGAAAGCCAACCGGCACGUGGCGGUGACCAAUAUGAAUGAACACAGCUCUCGCAGCCACAGCAUCUUCCUAAUCAACAUCAAGCAGGAAAACAUUGAGACUGAGAAGAAACUGUCGGGGAAGCUCUACCUGGUCGACCUGGCGGGUAGCGAGAAGGUCAGUAAAACAGGAGCUGAGGGAGCAGUGCUGGAUGAAGCCAAGAAUAUCAACAAAUCUCUGUCCGCGCUGGGAAACGUCAUUUCAGCUCUGGCUGAGGGAACAAAAACUCACGUGCCAUACAGAGACAGUAAGAUGACUCGGAUCCUGCAGGACUCUCUGGGAGGAAACUGUCGCACCACCAUCAUCAUCUGCUGCUCACCAUCCGUCUACAAUGAGGCUGAGACCAAGUCCACACUCAUGUUUGGACAGAGAGCAAAGACCAUCAAGAACACAGUGUCAGUGAACCUGGAGCUGACGGCCGAGGAGUGGAAGAAGAAAUAUGAGAAGGAGAAGGAGAAGAACAAGAGCCUGAAAAACAUCAUCCAGAGGCUGGAGGCUGAACUCAACCGCUGGAGGAAUGGAGAGAAUGUUCCUGAGGACGAGCGGCUGAGCUCUAAAGAUCAGAAGAGCGUGAUUCCGUACGACAACGCUCCCAUCAUCGACAACCUGCUGCCGGCAGGAGGAGGCAUCUCGGUCUCCAGCGAGGGGCAGGGCAAGUACGAGGAGGACAUCAGCAACCUGUACAAACAGCUGGACGACAAGGAUGAUGAGAUCAACCAACACAGUCAACUGGCUGAGAAACUCAAGGAGCAGAUGCUGGACCAGGAAGAGCUGCUGGCCUCAACACGGCGCGACUAUGAGAAGAUCCAGGAGGAGCUGUGCCGGCUGCAGACGGAGAAUGAGCUGGCCAAGGAGGAGGUGAAGGAGGUACUGCAGGCCUUGGAGGAGCUGGCUGUCAACUAUGACCAGAAGAGUCAGGAGAUGGAGGAGAGAGAUGAAGCCAACCUGCAGCUGACCGAGGAGCUGCAGCACAAAACGGUGUUGCUGUCGAUGGUGCAGAAGGAGCUGAGUCAGCUCCAGGAGCUCAACAGCCUGCAGAGGAAAAGAGCAGCUGAGGUCCUCAACCUGCUGCUGCGAGACCUGAGUGACAUCGGCACCAUCAUUGGGACCAGCGAUGUCAAGGCAGCUGCGUCCUCAGAGACGAAAGGGAACAGCUCGGCAGUGGAGGAGGAGUUCACCGUGGCUCGCCUUUACAUCAGCAAGAUGAAGUCAGAGGUCAAGUCUUUGGUCAACCGCAGCAAGCAACUGGAGAGUGCUCAAGCCGAUGCUCACCGCAAAAUCCAGGCCAAUGAGAAGGAGCUGGCGUCCUGUCAGCUGCUCAUCUCCCAGCAUCAGGCCAAGAUCAAGUCUCUGACAGACUACAUGCAGAAUAUGGAGCAGAAGAAGAGGCAGCUGGAGGAGACUCAGGACGCUCUGACCGAGGAGCUCACCAAACUGCAGACUCAGGAGAAAAGACACGAGGUGUCAGGGGAGGAGAAGGAGGACAUCAGCAGACUGGAUGGAGGCAUCAAGAAAACGCUGGAGGAGCAGCUGGAAAACCACAGGGAGGCUCAUCAGAAGCAGCUCGGCCGCCUCCGAGACGAGAUUGAAGCCAAGCAGAGGAUGCUUGACGAACUCACAGAUCUAAACCAGGGUCUGUUACUGGAGCAGGAGAGACUUAUGUCAGACUACGACAAACUGAAGGCCGAAGAGCAGGAGAAGGACGCAAAGCUACAGAAGCUCAUGCUGCUGGAUGAACAGCAGGAACAGGCCAGAGAGGACCUGAAGGGCCUGGAGGAGACUGUGGCCAAAGAGCUGCAGACUCUGCACAACCUGCGCAAACUUUUCGUUCAGGACCUCACCACUCGGGUUAAGAAGAGUGCAGAGCUGGACUGUGAGGAGGGACUUGGCCAUGUGGCCCAGAAACAGAAGAUCUCCUUCCUGGAGAACAACUUGGAGCAACUCACCAAGGUCCACAAGCAGCUGGUUCGAGACAAUGCAGAUCUUCGCUGUGAGCUGCCCAAGUUGGAAAAGCGUCUUCGCGCCACGGCCGAGCGAGUCAAAGCACUAGAGAACGCCCUGAAGGAGGCCAAGGAGAACGCCAUGAGGGACCGCAAGCGCUACCAGCAGGAGGUGGACCGCAUCAAAGAGGCCGUCCGGGCUAAGAACAUGGCCAGGAGAGGGUAUUCUGCUCAGAUCGUGAAACCCAUCCGGCCAGGGCAUCAUCCACUGUCAUCCCCUGUCAGCAGCUCCGUCAGAGCCGGAAGCAUCUACACCCACAACAACUAAACCCCUACAGGCCGUAAACAACUCAACACAUGCCAGUUGCCCCCACCCACCUGCAGUACCACCGGGAGACCGUCACCUCAGAGAAUCCAGACAUUCACACUGUCUAUACUGAAAUGAUAUACAAACAUAUUUCAUUUGCUGGAUGUUAAUAUCAGAGCCCUCAUUUAGAAAAUAUUGUGCUUUAUGUACCAAGUUUCUUUCUGGAGGACAAAGGCAUUAGAAGUUUAACGGGUGACUGGUCGCAUUACAUGUAAAUUGAAUUGCAUUUUGUUUGCUUGAAGAACCAGGUAGAACCAGUGUUCAUUUAUAUAAUUCAACAUUUCAGGAAAUGUGCUUAUUCGCUCUCUUAAGAGGGGUUUGAUAAGAAGAUCAUCAAAUCACCUACCAACAAUUUAAAGCUCUCUCAUUAA